AUGCUGCUCCGCGGCAUCACUUCGAGUGCUUGCGUCUCCGUCUCUGUGCGUCGGAUCUCACCUCUUCAUCGCCGACACAUCUGCAGUACGUCUCGGAUCCUCUCCGGCGCUGACCCGUCGUCCAACAAUGCGGCAUAUGCUGCUAACGACGCAGCCAAAGCGACCCCAAUGGUGGCGCAGUAUCUCGCCCGCAAGAAGGCGUAUCCAGACUGCAUGCUUCUAUUCCAAGUGGGAGAUUUCUACGAGUUCUUUGGCGAUGAUGCGCGUCGAGCAGCUCAUCUAUUAAACCUGGCACUUACCAGGAAGACCACGAAGACGCACGUACUGAACGAGAUGUGCGGGUUCCCUGUGGGGUCAGUGGAUUCGUUCGUGGAGAAGCUGGUGGCGAUCUGCAACCAAGUUGAGAGUGCAUCUGCUGCAAAGAAGCGUGGCUAUAACAGUCUUGUGGAUCGACAAGUGGUUCGUAUUGUAACGCCAGGAUCGCUAGUGGAAGACACGAUGUUAACCCCAAAGGAGAAUAAUUACCUGGCGUCUCUUUUUUAUGACGAUGAUAAAUGGGGACUCGCGUGGGCUGAUUUGUCGACUGGCGAGUUUGUAUCCACCACAUCUACAAACGAGAAACUGGCCAGUGCAAUUCUACGCUGCUCGCCGAAAGAAAUCCUCCUGCCAAGUAGUGAAGAGGAAGCUAUGAAGGUGGCUAUGCCCAGAGAUGCCGUAGCAUUUCUAGACACUGUGCUACCUGAUACUUGCAUGAGAACUUUUCGACCGGCGUCGAGUUUCAUUCCACAAGCUUCAAGACGCUCACUGCGUGAUGUGUUUAAAACACUCGACACGUCGGAACAAGCUGCCGCGUCAGCCAUCUUGGACUACGUCGACUUCACGCACGGCGGUAUGAGCGCGUUGAUCCGUGCGCCACUUCACGUCGAGUCAUCGGACCACAUGAUCAUCGAUUCAAGCGCGUGGAGAGGCCUGGAGCUAGCCAAGUCGCUCAGUGGCUCCAAGGCGUCAAGUCUACUGCAAGCUAUCGACUCCACUACUUCUCCAGGAGGGUCACGUCUUCUAGCGGCUCACCUGGCGUCUCCGUUGAUGAACCUCGAGCGUCUAGAACGUCGACUUGACGCUGUUUCGUACUUCUAUGGACAAGAACAAUUGCUUCAACGUACACGAAGACAACUAUCCGAGGUGUUCGACUUGGAACGGAACCUCCAGCGCUUAUCUAUUGGCGUCGGGACUCCAAAAGAUCUCAAGAAUGUGGCGUCGACAAUCGAAGAAGCCAAGCAGUUAGAAAAGCUUGUAAAGACCCACGAACGUCUUCGAAUCCGUCGACUGCCUGACCUCCCUGGGAAAGAAACCUUCGGCUUGCCAGCCUUGCUGCGUGACUGUUGCAAUGGACUCGUAGCCAACGAACAACAGCAGGGAAACAUCGCACAGGCAGCUCAAGAGAUCCACGCAGCACUCAAAGAAGACUACGCGUCACUCAAUUCCAAGAGUGGGUUUGUUCGUGCUGGUUACUCUUCGGAGCUUGACAAGUGGCAAGAAAUUCUACGACACGACCCCAAAUCUCCAGAGAAACAAGAGCUGCAGACAAAGUACCGUACUUUACUCGGAUCUAGCCGUCUUCGCGUAAUUUUCCAAGCGGAGAAAGGUUAUUUCCUCGAUCUCCCACACGACGAGAACGCCAAACUACUCCAGAUCGAGCACAGUCGACGAGAGCUCGAGAAGCUGACGUUGUUCCAAUCGUUAAAGAACUCGGUUCGGUAUCGUAGUGAAGAACUGCGGCAGAUGAAUCGUGAGCUCACAGAAGCCGCAGUGGAGGUGGAGCGAGUGGAGAAUACUAUUUUUUCUUACCUACGAGACAAAGUACUAUCCGUACGCGACGAGUUACAGGCCAUGGCAAGUGCUAUUUCUCAGAUAGACGUCGUCUGUUCUCACACUCAAGUGGCUUUGGACAGAAACUUCACGCGCCCGCUACUGGAUGGGACCUGUGAGUUGCACAUCGAGGACGGACGACACGCAGUUGUCGAGGCUGCGCAUCUGCGAGGCUCCAACUCGAAAGGGAUGCGUGCUUUUGUCCCGAAUAGUCUGCAUCUAGCAGCAGCGCCCGGAGGCUCUUGCUGGCUGCUUACUGGACCAAAUAUGGGCGGGAAGAGCACAUUUUUACGACAAAAUGCGCAUCUCGUUCUCCUGGCGCAAAUGGGCUGCUUUGUGCCGGCCAAAUUCGCGCGUGUCGGUCUCGUGGACAAACUUUUCUGUCGUGUGGGCUCGGCUGAUGACCUGGCAGCUGAUAAGAGCACGUUUAUGGUGGAGAUGCAAGAGACUUCGACAAUUCUUACGCAAGCUACGAGUCGCUCGCUCGUGUUGAUGGACGAAGUGGGGCGAGGGACGGCUGUGAAUGACGGAGUGGCCAUUGCCGGGGCUGUUCUCGAAGCCUUGUGCGCCAAGCAGACGCGUACUCUGUUUGCCACACAUUUCACUGCGCUAAGUGCGUUAGUUGGGGGAACGUGUAAUGGACAGCUACGGCCGUAUCGGAUGGAAGUUCUGGAGCGUCAAGUGGCAGGAGAGACCAAGCAUUUGGUGUUUUCCCAUCGAGUCGUGGAAGGUCUGGCAGCUCAGUCGUACGGCGUUAACACUGCGGCGCUGGCUGGAUGUCCACCCUCUGUGGUUGCUCGAGCAAGUGAGCUAUUGGCUGAAUUGAUGCACGAAAACUCGGUUAAUAGCCAUGCAGAUAGUUUUGAUGCACAGAGCCGAUUGCAGCGUGCUCAGGCUGUAUUGGGCGCUUGGGAGUCAGAAGUCGUAUCAGGUAACGCUAUUGGUCUCAAGAACCCUGUUGAUCCUCUCCAGGUUCUCGACGAGUUGCGUCAAAUUCUUUACGAAAGCGGAGAGGGCAGGUGA